CGCGUCCGGGGGCUUGGCUGAGGGCCUGGCGGGCGGAGUGAGGGGCCGAGGCGGCGGCUGAGGCUGAGGAGGCCUGGUUGCCUCGUUAGAGGGAGCUCUCGGCGCUUGCUGCAGUGAAGCAGGGAGCCUUCGCUUCCUCCACCUUUCCUGGAAGAGGAGAAGGGGAAGGGGAAGAAGGAGCCCCGGCCCACCCGUUUCCCCGGAGGAGCGCCUUCGCGGCCACCUCCUUCACCUUCGCCGCCGCCAUGAACCCCUCCUCCAGCUCUUCAGGGCCGGCCUGGGGAAGGAGGACGCCGGGCGCCGGUCGGAGUGAGCAGCCAAGGGAAUAAGGAGCCGGCACCAGGGGUUCUCAGCUCGUUCCGUGUGGGGCCAGGCCAGCCACUUCCGUGUCCAUGAGACCGCCAUCUUCCCACCGCCACUGCCGCCAUCUUCACCAGCAGCCACCUAUCAGGGCGCACGCCUCUGCUGGGCCCAGUUCUUCUGGCCCUCCUGUUGCCUUUCCUCUGCGUAGCAGAAGGAAAAGACUACAGACUCCUGUGUGAAGAGAAUGGCUGUGACUUUAGAACAAGCCCAAAGGGCAGGCUAUAUAUUUCUGAAAGCACUCUUAAGGUUUGGCUUCAUGGUUGCUAAUAACCUUGUCGCUAUUCCAUCCUACGUCCUGUAUUUAAUACUACUGCAACCUCUCCGAUUGUUGGAUAGUAAACGAUUCUGGUAUAUUGAAGGAGUGUUAUUUAAAUGGCUUUUAGCUAUGGUGGCGUCCUGGGGCUGGUGGGCAGGAUAUACAGUCAUAGAAUGGGGAGAUGAUGUUAAAACAAUCUCAGAAGAUGAAGCUGUGAUGUUGGUAAACCAUCAAGCAACAGGAGAUGUUUGCACUCUAAUGAUGUGCCUUCAGGACAAAGGCACGGUUGUUCGUCAGAUGAUGUGGCUGAUGGAUCAUAUUUUUAAAUAUACAAAUUUUGGAAUUGUAUCUUUAAUUCAUGGAGACUUCUUUAUAAGACAGGGAAAAGCUUACCGUGACCAGCAGCUUGUGCUUCUCCAAGAACAUCUAGAAAAAUAUUACAGGAGCCGUGAUCGCAAGUGGAUUGUAUUGUUUCCAGAGGGUGGUUUUCUUCGGAAAAGAAGAGAGACCAGUCAGGCAUUUGCCAAGAAAAACAGUUUGCCAUUUCUCACACAUGUUACAUUGCCAAGACUUGGGGCCACACAAGUUAUACUGAAAAAUCUGGUACCUCAGCAAGAAAAUGGAACUUUGGCAGGUGGAGAUGCUACAGAAGCAGAAAGUAAACCAAAAGGUCUUCAGUGGGUGAUAGAUACAACUAUUGCAUAUCCCAAAGCAGAACCUUUAGACAUCCAAACCUGGAUUCUGGGCUACAGGCGACCAACAAUUACCCAUGUUCAUUACAGGAUUUUUCCAAUUAAAGAUGUACCUGUUGAACCUGAAGCCCUCACAGUUUGGUUAUAUCAACGAUUCAUUGAAAAGGAGGAUCUCUUGUCUCACUUUUAUAGAACAGGAGCAUUCCCUCCCAUUCAGGGACAGACAGAAGUUGUUUCCCGGGAGAUGACCCUUAGCAAUUUGUGGCUAGUUCUUGUACAGUUCUUUGCAUUUUUGUCAGGUGGUAUGUGGUACUGCAUUCUUCAGUAUUUUUAUCAAUCCCUGUUUUAAAAAGUGACUGAAUGGGACCUCAGUACACAAUGAAAAACAUGGUACUUUAAGGAGUGUGUCAUGUUAUAUGUGCAAAUGUGAAUAUGCCAGGAGAAAGGAACAUACUGGAUGGACAUUCUCCCCUUUUGAAGGGUUUUAAACUCCACUAGAAGAAAGGAUCGGUAAUAUAAAAACCUAAUGAUGUAUUUUAAGAACCUGAUAUUUUUUAAAGGUGUGUCUCCCUAUACAUCUAUAUCAGAAGAUUCAGAAUUUGAACAGGAGACACAGUGAUAUGACCACCACGGGUGAACAUCUGCAGCAAGAAUGCUUUCACCACAGGUAGUAUUCAGCAUUGUAGCUAAACCUCGGAGUCUUCAGCAACUUUCUCUCCAGUAGUCUGUACUGCAAGUCUUGUAGUAGAGAUCCCUCAUCUACACAAACUUGAGUUGUGUUGUAAUUAAUCAUGCUGGAUCUGUUCAAUGUACUCUGCAGACCUGGUUAUGGUAUUGUGACUGCCCCAUGUAACCUGUUUAGUAGAGACAUUUAAAAAAAUACUCAGUGAGAUCUUGUAUUGGGAACCUAGAAAAGGAAAACUAUUCUGCAAGAAGGCAUUACAGUGUCAUGAAGUAUUGAAAGAAUUGUCCAUACCUCAUAGACCCAGCUAUUCUCACCAUGUUUUCUGUCUGUAAGCCUCUUGUAAGAAUAUUUAAAAAUGGCAUAUCUCUCAAUCUGCUUCCCACUUUGGUUUUAGAAUGCAUUUCCUAAACUAAGUAUCCAUGGGGGGAUUUUUUUUUUUUGUUUUUGUUUUGCAAAAUGCACUUUUGAAAAUGCAAUACAGUGAUGGAAAGGAGCAUAGCUUGAAAUGCUCUUCUUGACAGAUUGGAUUCUUAAGAGCUAGUUCAGAAAGGUCUGUAGAUUUCCAGCACUAAAACAUAUUGAGUUGCCACAGUCUUGCCAAGGUGAUGUAUUUUCUUGUUAAAAACUUCUCAAAGGCCUGACACAAUAGCACUCAAUAGCACUCAAAACAUCUGUGAGAGGGUUUGUGGACAUAUAUGCCAAGAUCCUCAAUGCUUUUGCUUAUAGGAAAAAUAAGAGGAAGUUAAAGGAUAGCCAUAAAACAGUCAUUGGAUAAAACAAAUAGGAAGAAGCUUGUCUUACCAUCCUGAGGUAUUGUAAAAAUCAUCUGAACCAUGAAGGGCAUUAUUAAAUCUAUCAUCUUGCUGGAAAAUGUCACUGUUAUAGCAAGGGAAUUUAGGAGGUAGACUGGCACUAAAGUAGGAUUUGAAGUAUAACUUUACAAUUUUCUAUUGGUUUUGAAGGAAAGGUUUCUGUGUUUGUUAUUUAUCAGUCUUGGAAUGUUUGGCAUCAUGUUUCUAUGGCUCCAUAAGAUAUAUAUCUUAAAAAAAACAUUCCUAGAAAAGUUUUCUAAUUUACACAUACAGUCCUGUAGACUAAACUUUAAUGACAAAAUGUUGCCAUUUAUGAACUGUAUUUUUUUCUAAGAACCAAGCCAACAAUAGUUGUCUGUGCUGAAUUUGAGAUCUAUAUUCUCCCAGGUUUCCCCCCCAAAUUACAUGAGAACCAGUUUUGAUGAGUAGUAUACAAAAUAAAAAUAUAAAACCACAAGAUUAUACUUUUUUCCCUUUUGUUUUGAAUGGGGAAGAGGGAUAGUGAGAACAGAUCAUAUCGUUGGAAGAGACUACAAGGGC